GCGGGGCCUUUCGCUCAUGGCGGAACCUGCGAGUGGAGCGGAAGUGCGGCUCCGGGAGUGAGCCUCCGAGUGCCGCUAUGGCACCUCCUGGAGGAAAGAUCAAUCGUCCGCGGACGGAACUGAAGAAGAAGUUGUUCAAGCGCCGGAGGGUGCUGAGCAGGGAUCGGCGACGGAAGCGCCAGGUGGUCGGGGCCGUGAUAGACGAAGGGCUGAUUACCAGGCACCACCUCAAGAAGCGGGCGUCCAGUGCACGUGCCAACAUCACACUGUCUGGGAAGAAGCGCAGGAAACUCCUACAGCAGAUCCGCCUGGCCCAGAAAGAAAAGGCAGCCAUGGAAGUGGAAGCCCUCAAGUCAACCAGGCCUAGUGAGCCACAGCCCAAGCGACGACAAAAGAAGAUAACAACUCCCCAGGAUGUAGAUAUGGAGGAUCUUGGAGACUGAGAGCUAAACUUCCUACCUCUCCUACCUGAGGAUUCUCAGCAGCAGCCAGAAGGACUUGGAGGACUUUAGAGAAAAUAUUACUAUAUUUCAUCCUCCCAGAUACCUCCUCUGUAAUGGCCCUCUGAUCUCCCCUUGAGGUAUAUUUUGGAAGGACACAGAGAAAGACUGGAGAGGC